AGGAAGGGAACGCUUUUAGUCGCGCAUGCUCGUGUGCGUUUCAUCUUGACGCACACUUACCUGGUUUACUUUCAAAGGAUAAUAAUAAAACAAAAACAAACAAAAGAAUCGCACCACAAUGCUGACCACCUUCUGCUGGGUCCCCAAGGGGGCGAUGAAGGCCACUCCGAUCCUGUCCACCGAUACGGCGAAGCAGGCGCGUGCGAAACUGCGCCAUCAGCACCCCGAGUACGUCGAGGAGGAGGAGCAGCAGGGGCAGCGUCAGAGAGCAUCGGCGGAGGAUGAAACCCACGAGCGCUCCGCCGCGGACGCGGAUGACGAAGACGCACUGAACGUCAACGUUGACGACGCCCUCCGCGCCUUCGCCGGUGGUGGCCCCGGUGCGCUGCUGGAGGAGGUCGAGUCGGACGAUGAAGAGGAGUUGGAGGACACCACGUUUAAGCAGACCGACCUCGUCUUCACGGUGGCCUGCGCUGAUGCAGAGGCGCCGCGGCUGGAGCUGUACGUCUACGAUGAACCAGAGGACAACAUGUAUGUGCAUCACGACAUGGAGAUCUCUGCGUUCCCGCUGUGCAGCUCGUGGCUGACAGAUGGCACCAUGUCGAUGGCGGCUGUCGGCACGAUGCUGCCCUUCAUCGAGAUUUGGGCCCUUGACGUCAUGGACUCCGUAGAGCCCGCCAUCAUCCUCGGCGGGUGCGAGAAGCAGUCGAACAACUACUCCAAGAAGGCGCUGCGGCGAAACCUGAAAGCGGACUCGCACACCGAGGCGGUGCUGUCGGUGAAAUGGAAUACCGUCGCACAGAACGUCUUCGCCUCCGGCAGCGCCGACCGCACGAUGAAACUGUGGGAUUUGAAUGCGGGCGGUGUCUGCCUGGGCACCUACAGGGAGGCGGACAAGGUGCAGUCGCUGGACUGGCACCCCACCGAGGCGAACUGCCUCCUCUCUGGCGGCUUCGACGCGAGCAUGGUGCUGCGCGACUGCCGUCAGCCGGACCAGACGGCCCAGCGCUUUACCCUGCCCGAUGUGAUUGAGCAUGUGGAGUUUGUGCCGGCGCUGGGCGGCGCAGGGGCGGCCCCGCUGGUGAUGGCCUCCACGAGCGGCGGACACUGGGCCGCCUUCGACACCCGCGUCGUCGGCACGCCGGUCUGGCAGGUGCAGCCACACCAGGCCGACGCCACCUUCAGCUGCUCCCGCCAGGUCCCGGGGCUCUUCGCGACGGGCGGCAAGGAGGGCACCAUCACGCUGUGGGACGGCCGCGACGGCGGUGCCGCACCGACGGCGAUUGUGUCGCGGAGCUACAAGACAGGCUCGGUGCUGUCCUUGGCAUUUCACCCCAACUCACCGCACAUCCUCGGCGCUGGCGGUGCAUCCGGGGCGCCGCUGGUGUACACCAUCACGUCCGACAUCCACGAUGUGUUCCGAUAA